AUGAGGUCCCAUUUGACCUUUGACAUUAUAAUUAUCUUUGUGAUGCUGAUUAUAGUUUGUAAACUUAACAAUCCAGAGGCAUCAGCAGCCACAUGUAAGGCCAACGUUCAGCAGCAGCCAAGUCUAUCGAUCCCAAGCUCCCCUGACUAUAUUGACACGAGCAACAUUCGAGUGUCAUCAUCGUCCAGUGUGCCAACCAAGCUUCAAAAUGAGGGAUUUGCAUUCGUACUCAUGCUGACCAUAUGUGUUGCCCUCUUCUCUGCAAUUACAUUGAAA